AUGGAACAACUCGAUGAGACUGACGACUUGGAUACUGACUGUGAAGACAGUCUAAACAUGGAACAACUCGACGGUAAUCUUCUUCAACAAAUUGAAAAACUUCUCGAUGACAAACUGCAUUUAGAGGAAGAUUUAAGAUUGGCUCAAAAUAAAGUGCAGAAGCUGGAAAAGGUAAAUGAAGAACAGACGGCUACAAUAACGACAUUGGAGAGUCAUCUGGGUGAGAAAGAUCUCUUGCUCAAGAAGAGAGACGAAGAGGAAAGAGAAAGGGAAACGUUCUUCCAGCAGGAGAUGGCUGAGAAGCAGAGAGAGCUGGAGGCCACUGUACAGAAGGAAACAGAACUCUGCCUCAAAUUAAAAGAAUCCGAAAAUAUGAAUCAGUUGCUUGAUUUGGAAAACGAAGAGUUCUGUAGGAUGAAUGAAGACCUUAGGAACGAUUUACUUGAGAAAGAGAAGGAAGUCGACCUUCUGAAAGAAUCCCUCAACCUUAAAACUAAGGAAUUGGAGGAAGGUCAAGACAAACGGGAAAUAAUGAAGAGACGAUUGGAGGAAACUCAAGAGGAUAACUCUUCUCUCCAAGAAAAACUGAGGCUCGCUGAAAAAGAGAACGUAGGUAUCCAGCAGGAUGUCCUGAUGAUGCAGGACGAAAAUCAAAAGCUCCAGUCACUUCUCAGCCAAGCAGAAUCUGUGGCCAUCUUGACAAAUGAAAUCUUAAACGCUGAGAAAACAAGUCAUAAGUUACUAGGAGACGAGCUUCAAGUCAUGAAGAACUGGGUGGCUGAACUAGGCGGAGAAAACGCCAAGAUGAAAGGAGAAUUAAAAGAAAAGACACUGGACAUAAUGUUACUAGAGAAAUCAUUAGAAACUGAGAGACAAAAAAACAGUACUCUGCAGGAUGCUCUCCAUCUUCUGAAAGAAAUAGAGAACUUGCUGGAAGAAGCGAAGAAAAGAGAGAACGAGAAAGACGAGGAGGUCGAGAGGCUGCAGAAAGAUAAUGAAGUCUAUAGAGAACAAAUUGAAAAUAUGGAGAUGAAGCUGGAAAAUAAACUGCGAGGAGGCAGGCAGAAAGGCUAUUCGGAGCACUCAAGGAGCAGGUACAUAAAAAUAGCCUCUUAG